AUGCCCAACCCCAGGCCAGCCAAGCCCUUGGCCCCUUCCUUGGUACUCAGCCCAUCCCCAGGAGCCUCACCCAGCUGGAGGGCUGCACCCAAGGCCUCAGACCAGCUGGGCACCAAGAGCCCGGGGACAAUUUUCCAAGGCCGGGAUCUCCGAAGCGGGGCCCACACCUCCUCUUCCUCCUUGAACCCCAUGCCACCAUCACAGCUGCAGAUGCCCACAGUACCCCUUGUCAUGGUGGCACCCUCUGGAGCUCGGCUGGGUCCCUCGCCCCAUUUGCAGGCGCUCCUCCAGGACAGGCCACACUUCGUGCACCAGCUCUCAACGGUGGAUGCCCAUGCCCGGACCCCUGUGCUGCAGGUGCGCCCACUGGACAGCCCAGCUAUGAUCAGCCUCCCGCCACCCACUGCUGCUACGGGGCUCUUCUCUCUCAAGGCCCGGCCCGGCCUGCCACCUGGAAUCAACGUGGCCAGCCUGGAGUGGGUGUCCAGGGAGCCAGCACUGCUCUGCACCUUCCCAAGCCCUGGCAUGCCUAGGAAAGACAGCACCCUUUUGACUGUGCCCCAGGGCUCCUACUCACUGCUGGCAAAUGGUGUCUGCAAGUGGCCCGGAUGUGAGAAGGUCUUCAAGGAGCCAGAAGACUUCCUCAAGCACUGCCAGGCAGACCAUCUCCUGGAUGAGAAGGGCAGGGCGCAGUGUCUGCUCCAGAGGGAGGUGGUGCAAUCUCUGGAGCAACAGCUGGUGCUGGAGAAGGAGAAGCUGGGUGCUAUGCAGGCCCAUCUGGCUGGGAAGAUGGCCCAAACCAAGGCUCCAUCUGCGGCAUCAUCUGACAAGGGUUCCUGCUGUAUCGUAGCCACUGGCUCCCCAGGCACCACCGUCCCGGCCUGGCCAGGACCCCAGGAGGCCCCCGAUGGCCUGUUUGCCGUGCGGAGGCACCUCUGGGGCAGCCAUGGAAACAGCACAUUCCCAGAGUUCUUCCACAACAUGGACUACUUCAAGUUCCACAACAUGCGGCCCCCUUUCACCUAUGCCACCCUCAUCCGCUGGGCCAUCCUGGAGGCUCCUGAGAAGCAGCGGACACUCAACGAGAUCUACCACUGGUUUACACGCAUGUUUGCCUUCUUCAGAAACCACCCGGCCACCUGGAAGAAUGCCAUCCGCCACAACCUGAGCCUGCACAAGUGCUUUGUACGCGUGGAGAGCGAGAAGGGGGCUGUGUGGACCGUGGAUGAGUUUGAGUUCCGCAAGAAGAGGAGCCAGAGGCCCAGCAGGUGUUCCAACCCCACACCUGGCCCCUGA